UGGAGCUUCGCUGGCCACUUAGGCUUAAAGCGGUAUAGGAGAGACACCAAAAACAAGAUGGAACAUAUGGAGGAGAAAGGCAGCCAUGCUGCAAGGAAAAAGGGAGGCUUGGUCACUAUGCCCUUCAUCUUUGCUAAUGAGAUUUGUGAGAAGUUGGCUGUGGUGGGAUUCGGUGCAAAUAUGAUAAGCUACUUGACAACGCAGCUUCACAUGCCCUUAACAAAAGCAGCCAACACCCUCACCAACGUUGCUGGCACUGCAAGCUUGACCCCCUUGCUUGGCGCCUUCAUUGCUGAUGCCUACGUUGGCCGCUUCUGGACUAUCACUGUUGCUUCCGUUAUAUACCAGAUUGGAAUGAUUUGCUUAACAGUAUCAGCAGUACUUCCACAACUGAGACCUCCCCCAUGCAACCACGGCCAAGUGUGCGAAGAAGCCGACGGGGGGCAGCUAGCAAUUAUGUAUGUCUCCCUCUUACUAGGAGCACUCGGGUCGGGCGGAAUCCGACCCUGCGUGGUGUCAUUCGGGGCAGAUCAGUUCGACGAGAACGACGAAAAACAAACCACCAAGACGUGGAACUACUUCAACUGGUACUAUUUUGCAAUGGGGGCAUCAAUACUAGUGGCUGUCACGGUGCUUGUGUAUAUUCAAGACAACAUUGGAUGGGGUUGGGGACUUGGAAUUCCAACUAUAGCCAUGUUUCUCUCAGUUAUUGCGUUUUUGAUCGGGUACCCGCUUUACCGGCACUUGGAUCCGGCGGGGAGUCCGUUUACCCGGUUGAUACAAGUGGCGGUGGCUGCCUAUAAGAAGAGAAAGCUGUCUAUGGUGUCUGAUCCUAGAAUGUUGUAUCAGAAUGAUGAACUCGACGGUCCUAUUUCAUUGGGUGGAAAGCUUCUUCACACUAAGCAUAUGAAAUUUCUUGACAAGGCAGCGAUCGUAACGGAGCAGGACAAUCUCAAGGCACCAAACCUAUGGAGGAUCAACACCGUUCAUCGUGUCGAAGAACUGAAAUCCAUAAUCAGAAUGGGACCUAUAUGGGGAUCAGGAAUACUCCUCAUCACAGCCUAUGCCCAACAAAGCACAUUCUCACUCAACCAAGCCAAAACCAUGGACAGGCACCUCACAAAGUCCUUUGAAAUCCCUGCAGGCUCCAUGUCAGUCUUCACCAUAGUAACCAUGCUCACCACGAUCGCCUUGUACGACCGCAUCUUCAUUAAGGUGGCUAGAAAGUUCACCGGGCUAGACCGGGGAAUAACAUUCCUCCACAGAAUGGGAAUAGGGUUUGUCAUUUCGGUAUUCGCCACAUUGGUCGCCGGAUUUGUCGAAGUGAAGCGAAAAAAGGCAGCUUUCGCACACGGGUUGGUCGAUCAUCCUCAUGAUAUAAUCCCCAUUUCAGUGUUUUGGUUAGUUCCUCAGUAUGCCCUUCAUGGGAUGGCUGAAGCAUUCAUGUCAAUCGGGCACCUCGAGUUUUUCUAUGAUCAGGCACCGGAGAGCAUGAGAAGCACUGCUGCCGCGCUGUUUUGGACCUCCAUCUCAGCCGGAAACUACGUGAGCACUCUUUUGGUGUCACUGGUGCACAAGUAUAGUGCUGGCCCUAAUGGAUCGAACUGGCUGCCAGACAAUAAUUUGAACAAAGGGAAGUUGGAGUACUUCUACUGGUUAAUCACGUUACUACAAGUUGUUAAUCUUAUGUACUACUUAUUUUGUGCCAAAAUGUACACGUUUAAGCCGAUUCAGAUCGUAAAGAAAAAAGGUGCUGAGUCUGGAGAAAAUCAAGUGGAGCUUGCCAAUAAAGCUUAAUUGGCUUAGUAUCGGUUAAUUAAUUAAAUUAGUCAUUAGUCAGAGUUAAUAUAGCUAGUAAGAACUAGCUGCUGGUACAUUAGAGUAUAGAAAUGAGAAGAAUAUCUACUUUGGAUUAAUAAAUUCAUAUAUGAAACAUCCAGUUUGUACGAUCUUUAUAUUAAGAUCUUGGAAGCAGAUGAAUUUGAACAAUGUGCUUCCUACUCUUCUCCACUAAA